AUGGGUGUUCUCGAACGUAUCGCUGAUAUUGAGGCUGAGAUGGAAAAAACUCAGAGAAAUAAAGCAACAGCACGACAUUUAGGUUUACUCAAAGCUCAAUUAGCUAAAUUACGACGAGAGAUUAUCGAACCUAAAGGUAGUGGUGGUGGUGGCAAAGGUGAAGGAUUUGAUGUUGCCAAAACUGGUGAUGCUCGUAUUGGUUUUGUUGGUUUUCCAUCAGUUGGAAAAAGUACCUUGUUAACGAAUUUAGCCGGUGUUUAUAGUGAAGUAGCUGCUUACGAAUUUACUACCUUGACAACAGUACCCGGUGUAAUUCGGUACAAGGGUGCCAAAAUUCAACUACUUGAUUUACCAGGUAUCAUCGAAGGUGCCAAGGACGGUAAAGGUCGUGGUAAACAAGUCAUUGCAGUUGCGCGAACGUGUAAUCUGAUCUACAUCGUACUGGAUGUAUUGAAACCGUUGGGUCACAAGCGAUUGAUUGAGUACGAACUUGAAGGGUUUGGAAUACGUUUGAAUAAAGAACCGCCAAAUAUUUAUUUCAAACGAAAAGAUAAAGGAGGAUUGAAUUAUCAAGCAUUAGUUCAACAAACAUCCUUGGAUCUGGAAACAGUGAAAGCUAUCUUAGGAGAAUAUAAAAUUCACAAUGCUGAUAUCAUUCUUCGCUGCGAUGCAACUGAAGACGAUAUCAUCGAUUUAAUUGAAGGCAAUCGUGUUUAUAUUCCAGCUAUCUAUGUUCUGAACAAAAUCGAUCAAAUCUCUGUGGAAGAAUUGGAUAUAAUUUACAAAGUUCCUCAUUGUGUUCCAAUAUCUGCUCAUCAUAAGUGGAAUUUUGAUGAUCUACUGGAGAAAAUGUGGACGUAUCUAAAACUUGUCAGAAUCUACACGAAACCCAAAGGUCAAUUACCAGACUAUUCAUCGCCUGUUGUCUUGACACAAGGCAAAAGUUCCGUGGAAGAUUUCUGUAAUAAAAUUCAUCGAGCCAUUCUCUCUGAUUUCAAAUAUGCAUUGGUUUGGGGAGCGUCUGUGAAACAUCUUCCACAAAAAGUCGGCAAAGAACAUGUUCUCUUGGACGAAGAUGUCGUACAAAUUGUCAAGAAAGCUGGUUAA